AUGCGGAAUUCUUGUCGUGCUGUAGAGGCAUUCUUGGAUCAAUUUGCUAGCGCUGGGUCCGAUCAAGUCUGCCCCUCCAGUCCCGUGAAAACUUUGUACCAGUGCACGGAGUGGGCGUCUGAAAUUCUGAAUCCCAACGCUCCGAGAUAUGUGUGA